CCAACUCACCAAGCGAGACGUGGUCAAGAAGGAAAUCUUUAUGCUCAGACAGGUGCGCAGCCAGGAUGGAGUUGGGGGUCCCAGAGGCUUCCGUUAAUCAGAAUGAAUUAAUAGAGCUGGUGAUAAGUUCUCAGUAAGUGGAUAGGCAGAGAGAUCAACCAGAAUCAUUUCCUAGGCCCUCGAUCCAUCCCCCAACCCUGGGCCCCUGGGCCCUUGGCAGUGAGAUCAAGCUCAAUACCGAAGCGUCAAAGGUCAGCUCCGGGAGGGACAAUUCAGGAAGUUUGGAGGAAAGUAGCAUUGGUGGCCUCACCUCAGCCUGCGGCUUUCAGAUCCAGGGCAAUUACCAACUGCUGGGGCGAUGGGCCGGGAGCUGUGAUCUGUGGUCCCAACUCCCAUUACAACCUAAGAAGCCAAUAAUGUUGUGUCAACAAGGCUAAGAGCCAAAACCUCCAGCCCUUUGAUAAUGCUGGAGUCUAGUGGGAACCAGGUGGCUGGGUUCCAGAGCUUCUGUCGCCCCGGAAUCAACCUUCCUGGUCCUCGGGGGAUGUAAGUGUCCCAACUUGGGGUCUUCAGUGACUUGGGUUGCUCUUGGGGAGUCUCAAUCCAUCGUAGAAGCCUGUGGUGGGCCCGUUGGAGGUUCUCUUCUCUCUUGACACGCUGAUCUCUCAGCUUCCGAAAACUCUCUGUCCCUCAUUUCACUCCCCGACCCUGGUGACAGCUGAGUCAGAGACAGGCCACUUCCCCUGGAUUCCUGAUGGAUCCCUGGGGGCUGCUCCUUCCUUGGCUGUAUCCCUGAGUCUCCUAGUAAGUCCAAGCUCCCCCCCCCCUCCUAGGGCGGGGAGUCCCGGGCUAGGCCGGGGGAGGGGGUGGACUUUUGGCCCGUUUAUUCCCUCCAUCGCAGUCAACAGCUGCUGAGCGGAGCAGGCUUGGCUCAUUCCUCUGACCUGCCAGGAAGGAGAGAGUCCCAGAGACUGGGCCGAGACAAUCAGACCUGAGCUCCAGGAGAAGGCAGACGAGGAUCACAGCUGCACGGUCCGUCCUACACCCUUCUCCCUGCUUAGUCUCCAAAGCCCCCAGAAUUCACCUGGAGGUGCCACAUCUAUCCCAAUCCCUGGGGCUCCAGCCCCUUGGGGGAUCUGCAUCCCAGCAUGUCGAUAGCUGUGGAGACCUUCGGCUUCUUCAUGGCAGCCCUGGGACUGCUGAUGCUGGGGGUGACCCUACCCAACAGCUACUGGAGAGUGUCUACCGUCAAUGGGAACGUCAUCACCACCAACACCAUCUUUGAGAACCUAUGGUACAGCUGUGCCACCGACUCCAUGGGAGUCUCCAACUGCUGGGAGUUCCCUUCCAUGCUGGCCCUCUCUGGGUAUGUCCAGGGCUGCCGCGCCCUCAUGAUCACUGCCAUCCUCCUGGGCUUCCUGGGCCUCUUUCUGGGCAUGGUGGGGCUGCGCUGCACCAACGUGGGAAACAUUGAUCUCUCCGUGAAGGUCAAGAUGCUGGCCAUUGCAGGAACCUUCCACAUCCUUGCUGGUACCUGCGGAAUGGUGGCUAUCUCCUGGUACGCCGUCAACAUCACUACUGACUUCUUCAACCCCUUGUAUGUUGGAACCAAGUACGAGCUGGGCCCUGCUCUCUACUUGGGCUGGAGUGCCUCCCUGCUCUCCAUUCUGGGCGGCAUUUGUCUCUUUUCCACCUGCUGCUGCGCCUCGAAAGAGGAACCAGCCACCAGGGCCAGGCUUCCCUAUAAGGCUUCUACGGUCGUGAUACCCAAAACCACUUCAAACGAAAGCAAUGUCAGCUUUGGCAAAUAUGGCAAAAACGCCUACGUGUAGGAGCUCUGGCCUGGUGGACACGGUUUCCUGCCCUCUUGGCCCCAGUGGAAAAGUGUCCCCAGGAUGCUUGGACCAGUCUCCAGUUAAUAACCUCAGGACAGGCCAUUUCCAGGCGCUACCCUGCGCCUGGAAGCCAUGACCUGCUCUGGGUAUACCUUCUCUGGCACUCCAGCCUCCCCCAGGAACAGAAGCUGCGGGGGGCAACUCACAUGGCCUCCUACAGCUGGACCCAAGGGGACAGAGGUGUCUGCAGCUUGUGAUGCCAUAUAAAUACAUGCAUAAAUAAAUGUAUAUUGUGAUUGUUCAGGGGCUUCAGGGGCCAUGAAGUUGCAGCCGAGUGAGGGGCUCACUCUCAAACCACAGACUGUCAAUAUUGUCCACUUUUGAGCUGUCUCGUCCAGUGAGGAUCUGAGUUCAAAUCCCCAGAACCCAUGUAAAAAGCCAGGCCAGGUCACACUCCCAUACCCCCAGCACUGUUGGGAAGGCUCUCUGAGGCUUACUGGCUUCCAGCCUAUCUCCAGGUUCAAUGUGAGACCCUGUCUCAGAGGUCUAAGGCAGAGAAUGAAAAAGUGCUGGAAGCCCUCCUCCGACCUGUGCAGGCACACAGACUGUGCACAAACAGCAUGCACAGGUUCUCAACAAAAGGCAUUGCCAGGACCCACCUCAGGGAAUUAUUGCUAGCUGGGAUGCCCCCUGGCGUCUCUCUCUCUUGACUCUUAACCUGUGUUCUUCCAGCUGCAUGGAGGAGCUGUUGAUCCAGAACAGGUGUCUCUGUGUGUGUGUAUGUGCGUGUGAACUAGAUUUGGGGUUUAAUAAAGAUAUUUUAAAAGAUGCAUUAUUUACAUGUAUGUGUGUGUUUCUGUUUACUAUGUGCCUGCAGGUACCUGAAGAGACCAACAGAGGGCACCAGAUCCCCUGGAACUGGAAUUACAGGUGGUGGUGAGCUGACAUCUGUGGGUGUUGGGAGCAGAAUCUUGAUCCUCUGUCAGCUGCUAGUGCUCUUAUCCACAGUCAUCUCUUCAGUCUCUUAAUAAAGAU